CACACCAUUCCAUAUCCAUUUCUUUCUUCCUUGCUUUUUGCUUAGUGGGCUUCCAUUCCAGCAUUCAUGGACUCACAAGGGAAGCUUUUCUUAGCAGCAUUUGUCAUUCUUGCAGCGGCCAUUCAUGAAACGCAGGCAGACACUAUGGUCACUGGCACUGUCUUUUGUGACCAAUGCAAAGACGGACAGAGAUCCCUUUUCGAUUAUCCUCUCAAUGGUGCAAAAGUAACUCUGUCCUGUGUUGACAGUAAUGGACAAAUUAUAAUGUCAAGAGAAGAAACAACCAAUUGGUUUGGAAGCUAUACGAUGAGGUUUGAUGGUGCGCCGGACUUGAGUGGCUGUUCUGCCCGUGUCUCAGGAAGUGGGCAAGGGUCAAUGGGUUGUGGUGAAGGAGCUGGUCCUUCUCAAAAUCCCAAACUCAUGUUUAGGAUGUUUGACAUGGAGAUGUAUACGGUGGAUUCUCUCCUUGCUCAGCCUUCACAGCCAAUGCAGUACUGCUCGAGAUCUUCCAACCCAGUGCCAGCACCAGUCACACCACCCAAUUCUACUCCACAUUUCAAGCUACCUCCACUACCAGAAUUCCCUCCAUUACCCUCACUACCACCGCUACCAUCAUUACCACCCCUACCACCAGUGAUCUUUGCAGAAGCUUCGGCAUGUCCAUCAGAGAAGUGGACAAUGUCAGAAUACAAAUGCUACUGGAGGGGUGUGAACCGGGACACUAAAGUAGCAGUGGCUUUUGGAAUGGUUGCGGCAAGGAGAUAUGGAACAGACAUUACACUGUGGCAUGGGUUGCAAGGGAAAGGAGAUCCUUACAGGACACUUCUCAGAGAAGGGAUCACUGCACUUCUUAACUCCUAUAAUAGCUUUCAAUUCUCUUAUCAUCCUAUUGGGGUGGUUCAACACAUGAAUUUGGCUUUGAUGGGUUCAACCAGGAGAGUCCUUCUUACUGCUCUACACUUCAAGAGGGCCAAUUCUGGUGCUGGGAAUGUCACUUGCAAAUUCACCACUUGCAAUUAAUUUAUAGGCUUCUUCCUAUAUAGCGAUUGAAAAGGAUUGUUUUGAGGGAAUAAUCAGUUUUAUUUCAAAAGUUCUCUUACAACUUUUGAUAAAAACCUUCUUAACCCCCCAAAAAAAAAUUCAAAAAUGCAGGAUAGAAAAUUGAAUACUCUUCAAUAGAUUGUCUUAAUCUUUAUUCUAUAUAUGCAGCUUGGUGUUGUAUGGUUUUUUACCUACAUAGGCACUGGUAAUGGGACGCAUUUCUUUAGGAUAUUGUUACUACUUACAAGAAUCUAAAAGCACCACUCGAGGAAAAACUGAACUAAUGUAUGAAUUUAAGUACUUUGAACUGGGGUUCUUUCGGCCAGCACUGUUUGGAUGAGAACUUCUCUAAUCAAUGAAUAAACAUGACAUGCCUUUCCCAAGCAAA